AUGCGCCCCUAUAGACAAUGCAAGUGGGACAGAGCCUUACAUACCAGCAGAUCUCUUUUUGAAGAGAAAAUUCUGCAGAAAAAGAGUCUACAAAGGAAAAUCUUCGAAAGAAUUCUUAGACCCAAGGGUCAAAAUACUGUGACAAAAUCGGGAUUCAAAUUAUGGUCUAGUCAUUUGAAUGGUCCAGCAAAGACGUACGAGCGGUUAAGGGAACUGCAAAAUUGUAUCAUGGACCAAGUAAAUGUGGAAGGAUCCAAAAAAAACGAUAAGUUAUUCGACGAAAUAAACCAAUGGCAUUUUCAAAAUACAAAGGCAAGUAUACAAACACCCACGUUACUGAUACACGGCUAUGCCGCUUCUUCGAUGUCUUACUUCCGGAAUUAUUCGGGACUGUCCAAACACUUCCAAAACUUAUAUUCAAUAGACUUGCCAGCUAGUGGGUUAUCUUCAAUACCUAAUUUAGAAGUAAAUACAACAACGCCUCUGCCAUUAGACAUCAAAUUUAUUGGUAAAGACAAGUUUAAAAUUCCAUAUACGAUCAAUGCGAGUCAUCACAAAUUUGUGAUCCAAAUGUACGAAGAUUACUAUAUUGAUAGAAUCGAACAGUGGCGUAUUGAUAAUAAACUGGACAAGAUGAACAUUGUAGGCCAUUCCUUCGGUGGAUAUUUGUCCUUUAAAUAUGCAGUUAAAUAUCCAAACUCGGUAGAUAAGUUGUGUUUGGUAUCACCGUUAGGAGUGGAAAGAAACAUAUGGUCGGUAAAUAAUAAUUUAAGCUCAAACACUCUCUACACAACAGACUUUAAAGAUCCAGGCUCCAAGUUUUACUCGAAAAGUCACCUGAUUCCGAAAUACUUAUUUGAAGAACAAUUCAAACUUUUGAGGCUAAUGGGCCCUUUCGGAGCCAAAGUAUGUUGGAAUUAUAUAAUGGCGGCAUAUAGCAGAGUUCCCUCAUUAGCAUUUAAGGAAUAUAUCUUUGAGCUGUUCUACGGUAAGGGAGGAAUACCAGAGGUCACAACAGACAUCUUCAAAGGAUUAUUCUCAAGAAGUAUUUUGGCACGAGACCCCUUACUGGAUUCCUUAAACUACUUGAAUGUACAAAAGCUUUUGGUAGUAUAUGGGCAAUAUGAUUGGAUGAACAAAAAUGGUGGCAGGCUCAUGGUCAAAAACUUAAACAAUAUAGGUAACGGGUCGGAAAGAGCGAGUUAUUUGGAAGUACCUUCUUCUGGCCAUAACCUGUUUUUGGACAAUCCGGAAUCAUUCAACCAGUCUAUAGUGUCCUUUUUGUCGGAGAAACCUUUACUGUCUUAG